CCUCACAGGGUUUUAUUAAGAAAAUGGCGGACAGGCGACGGCGAAGGAUUUCAGAAGCCGAGAGCGAAGAGGAUACGAGACAUGAUCGAAUACAUGAUGAUAAUGAUGUUGAAGUAGCAGAUGAUCAUUCAACACAUACAGAUGUAAAAGUGAAAGUUCAUAAGAAUGCAGAAGAGGAUGAAGAAGAAAGUGAGGAAGAAGAAACAGAUGAAGAAGAGGAAAGCGAGGAAGAAGAUGAUGAAUCCUAUGAUGAAGAAGAUGAGAGUGUCAUCAUCGAAGGUGAUGAUGGGCUGGAUGAGGAAAGACAGAGUGGGGAUGGAGAGGAGCAGCCAGAGGGAAAUGAAGCUGUUGAUGAUGAUGAAGACAAGAAGAAUCCAGCAUAUGUCCCCAAGCAGGGGGCAUUUUAUGAACAUGACAUGAGGAUAUCAAUGGAUGAACAGGAGGAAGAUGAAAAGAAACCAAAGAAAAAGUUGUGGAAAGAUGAAGGAAAAUGGCAGCAUGAUAAAUACAAUGAAUCCAUGCAAGGACCAAAGACAAGGGCAGAAUUAUACAGUGUGUAUGGUUAUGAUAUCACAAGGAGUGACAAAGCCCCAGAAGCCCCUCCCAGGAGCAAUCAACCCAGAGGCCCCCGAUCCAAACAGAAAUCACGAUUCAGAGAUUUUAUACAUGAAGGAGAUUACGUACAAAAUAGAAAUAGUUACAACAAUCUAAAAUCAGGUGGGAGACAGGGGUAUGAUGAAAAUGGACGAGGUGGGUGGGGCUUCUCCAGGAGAGGGGGAGACAACUAUCGGAGAAAUGACAGAUACAGGAAUGAUAACUCUUACUACAACAACAGAAACAGAGGCUAUAAUAAGUCUAGUCAGGGAGACUUUAACAGUAGGGAAGAUUUUCCAGAAUUAGGGUACAAGGAAAAGCCCAGGCGGUCUGAUGAAGGCAGAGGAUUUCAGAAUGAUAGGCGCAGUGAUCAAGAAUAUCAUAAUCGAGGGUUUCAGAGUGAAAAGAGGAAUGAGCAGGAAUAUCACAGGAGAAGUGAACAAGAAUAUCACAGUCGAGGUGAACGUUCCAGUCAAGAUCGAGAUAAUAAGGGUCCUAGGGAUAACAGAAGUAGUUCAGAAAGAGAGAAUCGUUCACAUUACAAUAGAGACAACAAUGAACAAAUUCAUCCCGAGAAAAGUGAUUAUGAAAGUCGUUCAAGCAAAGAUAAUAGAUCAAGUGUGGAAAGGACUUCAUAUCCUAGAGAAGAGAGGAUAAGUCCCGAACAAGAGGGAAAGUCGUAUAAUGACAGUUAUAGGCGAGGAAGGGGGUCAAGAGGAGGCAGGGGUAAUAGGAGACCCGGGGGAAGAAAACCAGAACCUGAGAGGAACUUCCCAGAAAGGAAUUUCCCUCCAAGGUUUCAGAGAAUGAAGCAAAAUAUGGCAGCUGCAGAGGGUGAUCCCUCACUUCAGCAAGGGACAGGGGGAGAUGAAGAGGUGUAUAUGUCCCCACCUGAAUCCCCUCCUGAGGGUAAGCAGGGUUUUCCCCCUCCCCCUCAGAGAGAAAGUCAGCCACAGGUGGCACCUGUAGCAGAAUCUUUAAUUGUACAGAACACUGGGGAGCGUAAAUCUUACUCCAAGGAGCGACGUGUAAAAUCAGGACGAGGACCAGAAGAGCCACCCCCUCCAGUGGUUCCAGAGGAGACAGCGCCAGCAGAGCCACAGGGAAAACAAGAAGAAGUUAUCCAGUCCCAGCAGUUUGACAACAAGGCGUACAGUAAACAGGACCAGGGAGGUAAACCGAAGCGCUACUCCUCCCAGCGACAGCGCAACAUACCUGAAGUGGGGGGAUUCACAGAACAGCCUAUAGAUAGCCAGAAAUUCUAUCCACCAGAAACUGUUUUCAUCAAGGGACAUGAAAACCCUCUCUCAAACUUUUACCUUUGUGCAAUUAAAUGGGAUAACAAUCAUUUCACUAGCGCGGAACAUGCGUAUCAAUUCAGCAAGGCCAUUUUUCAUAAUCAAAAAGAACUAGCCGAGGAGAUGAGAAAAACUGAGGCUGCAAAUAAAGUCAAAAUGUUGUCAAAGAACAUAAAUCCCUCUGAAAAAUGGAUGAGUACCAGAUGUAGAGUCAUGAAAGAUAUUCUUAUAGAAAAAUUUAAACAAGUGGAGCCAUUCCGUACUGCCCUUCUGGCAACUGGCACCAAACCACUGGCUCAUGAUGUGGCGAGUUUAUUCUGGGGAACUGGAAAAAACUUCAAUGGCCAAAACAUGUUUUGCAAGCUGUUGAUGGAAGUCCGAGAUCAAGCAAGGGCUCAGAUGUCAAGCCAAGCCAACUUUCCUGCACACCCUAACCCUGCUAUACUCCGCCCCCCAAUAGCUACAGUGGCAUUCCCCAUGAAUGCUGUACCAAGUGCUGCAAUGUCCACUCCUCAACACAUCUUCCCUGGGAACCAGCCAGCUGCCAUGACAACACAAGUUCAAAUGAUCCCCCCUCAGUACACCAAUACAGGGGUACUGUAUCCAGCAGCCCCCAAUUUCCCGGUGCCCCCUGUUCCAUUAGCUGGAUUUGCUCCCAUGGGAAAUCACCCACCAGCAUUAGCUACCCAUCAACAAGGCUACCCCUCACCCCCAGGAACACAGCCAACAUCAGUGGGGGCCCAACAAAGUCCAACACAGGCUGGACCACAGGAGAUGUUCCGAAACCAGACGGUCUAUUAUCCUCCCGAGUUACAAAUGAGAGGUUCAAGAGCAACACCAAAGAGAGCAAAGGCUGCCAUCCCCAUUGUCAAUCCUAAGGAAGUGAAAAGAGAAUUUCACAGAGAAGGCUAUCUAGAGGAGGAAAAUGUAUCACAAGAAGAUCAUGUAGAACAGGUGCCUCAUAUGGGGCUUGUGUCCUCUGAGGAGCAGGUGCCCUUUGAGGACCCCACAAAUUCCAGAGACAGUAAGGAAUUUGAUGGUCUUGAGGACUUACAAGGUCACAAUGAAGCACCAUCAGGGGAUACAGAUAUUGUAAAAACAGAAGAAAAUUUGAUAGAUAAUAAUAUUAAUAAUUCAAACAAUACAGUGUUGUCAGAAGUUUCAGAAUCUGUUUUAAAUACAGACAGAGAAAUUGAUGACAGCGAGAGCUCAGUAGUGGUCAAAUCAGAGCCCGAGUGUAGUGUAGAUCAAGACAGUGUGGAACAUGCUGGUGAAAUUCGACCAGAAGCAAGUGUAAAAACUGAAGACAUUGGAGAUACUGUAAGGAAAGAAGAAAGUGAGGAUUCACAAACUUUGCAGAUCAAAACGGAGCCAGUUGAUGAGGAGUAUGAGACGAAGAAAGAUUUCGUGGAAUCGAGUGCAGAAAUGGUUCAUGUGAAAGAAGAAGAGGAAAAUGUUAGUGAUAAUGAGAGCUUUGCUGAUGCCAAAGAUGAGUUGGAGAAUGAAACUGAUAAACAAGAGGAUGGAGACCCUGUAACAUGAAAUUUGUAUUAAUAUUGUACUGUAGUUUGACUCUUACCUAUGAGUGGGACUUUCUCAAGCUUGAUGUUCCGAAGCAGGUUUUUCUUUGCUUUUUGAUUUCUAACUCAAAUAUUUGAUAAGCAAUUAAAGUAAAAGAUUUUGAUGAAAAGAAACUCUGUUUACAUACCCUAUUAUUACAUGACACAUUGUAAAUAUGUACACAGUAGACUGUAUCUUUCAAAGAUUACUGUUUACAUGUUAGUGAGUAUAAAUAUUGUAAAGGGUAAAAUUAUCGUGAUAGAUUAAAAGAACUAAUUUGUUGAAUCAAGUGUGCUCAAUUGUUUUGUAAAAAUGUUUUUGAGAAAGGAAUCUAGAUUUUAAAAAUACAUGUACAUGCUUGUUGUUUUGUGAAAAAGCACAGCUAUUAUAUGCAUACAUAUACCCCUUGGUAAUCCAUAUUCUGA